AUGGAUGCCGAACAAACCCCGCCCGAUGCCGACGGCGAAGCAAGCGAGAUGCCCAUGGAAAUUGGCAAUCCGCCUGGGACAAAUACUCGGAGGGAAGUUACUUUCCUCGACUUGCCGCAAGACGUCAAAAUCAGGAUCCUGCAAUAUGCUGGACUAUUACGUCCUUGCCCUAUCGACAUCCUCGUUGAGAAACAUCGACCCAAACCCAAUGUGGGACUGUGUGGCAACGGCAAACCUUUGCGUAUGACAAGGAUACCAUGGACGGCGAAAUGGAUGUCUCCUUAUUAUGGACCGUGCGAUCAUCCUCCACUGCCUGUUAAGGUAUUUCUGGCAUCCCGUGCGAUUCGCCAGGAGCUUGGGAGCCUUUUCUUCUCCCGAAGCCUCUUUUCCAUCCAUAUCUACGGCAGACAAGAUUUCAGGGUCUUCAAUGCAGCCACAGAAUGGGGGCUGCUCCAUCUAAAACACCUGCAUUUGACCCUUGGCGCACAUUACCGUUAUCUCAAAUUGAGCCGUGGGAUUCACCGCACCACCCUAAACAUAUGGACACAGUUCUGUCUGAACGCCAAAGAGAAGAUGCCUGCUCUCAGGUAUUUCAGUCUGAAAUGCAAGGUCAAGGAACUCGAUGUUGCGAGUCGGCUAAUGUGCAUAAUGGAUCCCUUUCCAACUCUGGCUCACUGUGCGUUCCAUUUCAGCGACAAUCAGGACGAUGAUAUCCGGCCUGUGAUAAAGCGAGCUGCAUGGAGAUUGACUGGUAACCUUACUGACGACAAACCUCCUUUUCCGUUUGCGAAGCUACCCAAGGAAGUACAGCUCAUGAUUCUCGAGCAUGUCUUAGUCAGUCGCUCGGAUCCAUUCUUGUCUGCUAUAGAGCGCAAUGCAGCAAUGGUGGGACUAUUUGAUCGAAAGUGUCAACCCACAUCGGGCUCAGCUCUUUCCUGUUGUUGCACUUGUUCUCCUCUUCGCGCAGCGUGCUUCUGCGAUACUCGUCAAACCGCAUUCUCUACCAGCUGCACCUGUUUCUCCUCCCCCCUGCCCUAUUUUCUUGUGAGCCAAGAAUUUUAUCAGGACUGUCGUCGCGUAUUUUUUGCCAAAUGUCAUUUUUUGUUUGUGGACGAAGAACCCGACCCCGUUAUGCGUUUUCUAAAUUCCAUACCCACUUCGUAUUCUAUGCAAAUUCGCCGUUUGUCGUUCAAGUUCCCCAUGACCUUCAGAAAUUACGCCAGAACUCCAAAGGCCGAGGAAGCUAUGAUACUCUCUUGGUCUGUUUUACGUCGCUUUAUCCGCGAACAUUUUGACCUUCCGCGCCUUUCCUUAAGUGUUAUCGACCACGGAACAAGGGGCUCUUCUAUUAAUCGGAACAAGUACAAUCGUCGAGUGCUCAAAGCAUUUACAGAGCUGCAGGGUCUACGUGAGUUCCGCGUGUUUCUGGCAGAUGAUCCUUCUUUUGAGAAGGAGUUGGAGCGCCUUAUCACGGGCAGAGCAACCGUUGGAAGAUAUCAACCGUAUCACAACAUGCGGUCUCUUGGGAACCAUAUUCACUUCUACGAUACAUAA